AUGAGCUCCGUAGCGGGUAGCGACGAUGCCAGAGCAUCCAGUCUCGCCAGUUUCUUCAGAAGGUUGAGGCUUCGCUCCCCAACACCUGCCCCGCACCAUCACCACGAACCGGAACCGCUUCCUUUGCUGCCUCCGAAGCAGCCGCAACGUCAAGCAUACGGGCAAUCUCCUUCCGUCGCUGCAGAAUCACUACCGCCAUACCUAGCUCAUUUGGCGAGGGCUCGAUCAACAUUGUAUAGACCUGGUCCCUCCUUUCCGCAGCCUCAGCAUCACCAUGUGCAAGGGGAGCAGAGCCCUUCGAAACCUCACAGAUGUCCAUCGUCAAGACCCAUAGCGGGCCCCUCGCGCGCCAGCAAACCGCACUACAGAGCUUCAGACCAGUCGUUUCGGAUUGCAGUUCCGCAAGCUCACCCGUCCAGUCUGACUCCAGGUCCUGUCCGCACAGCUUCUGGCAAUAGGCCCUCCUAUCCCUGGGAGCUUGUUCCGCAGGCAAAAGCCCAACCCCCAUCGAACACGAAAGCAUGCAAUGACCCUGGAGGCGGUCAAGAAUUGGGCAAAGAGAAUCGGCCUCCUCAGAGGAGGGAUCCCUUCGUAGCUGUUGGCAACGCCCAUGCGUCUGACAGCAACGUCACCCCGCCACGUAGGCGUGAGAAGGACCACGCCCAGACGACAAAAUCUGAUCGAGUCCUGACCCCAAAUGGGUCGCAAAAACACCCCGGCUGUUCGCCGUCUCCAGGACAGUGUUGGGGCAUUAAAAAGGACGGCACACGAUGCACCCGCAAGGUCCGCACGCCCGCAAAUUCGGUAACGAGUCACUCACCUUGUCAUGCAAGAGUCGGAUCGGAUCGCGGUGCUUCCGUGCCAGCAAAUCUGUCCACCAGAGGUCGCACCGCUGCGGUUCCGCUGGUCGUUGUUGAUUCUGACGACGACGACGGCUCCAUCGCCUCGCCAUCCAGAUCCAAGGCUAGAGCAACGUCAGCCUCCGCCGGCCGUUGCAGCCAAGAGACGAUACUGCUGGCUGAGCAUAACGUUGAUCAAGUCUAUUGCUAUCAGCAUGUGGCUGAGGUCAACAAACAUGCGGGCAUUUAUUCGUCGCUCAUCAGCGGCACGACUUCCAACUCGACCAGCCCCUACAUUCAGUUCAGCGAUUGGUUCGACACUGUGCCACUCAGCGAGCAUACGGAGGCACUGCUCCGUUUAUGCAUGGCCCGACACCUGUCCAAGGUUGACCGCAACGAACGAGGAUACAUCUACAUCUACGAGCUUCGAGAUCGCUCAACGGACACUCACCUCUGUCUCAAAGUAGGGCGAACAAGCAACGUAUUUCGCCGCAUUGGCGAAUGGCGAACGCGCUGUCAGUCCAAGGACCCAUUGUUGCUAAGCUACCAUCCUUCGACGGAACAACAAGGGCUCAUCUCGGGCGCGAGUUCAGUGAAAGUCGAUGGUGUGCGCUUCAGCCAUAGGUGGGAGGCACUGGUGCACGUUGAGUUGGCAGGAAUCGGUGAGAGAGUCGACGAAGUCUGUGAUGAUUGCAGCGUACGCCACCGCGAAAUCUUCAUGGUACCUCGAUCGACUAGCAACAACGAGGCAUCGCGACAGUACGACGCAUUCGAUCUCACCCAACGCAUCGUGAACAAAUGGAUGCAAUUUGUUAAGACGCUGGCUUGA